AUGAUCAAGGUUCCCAGUCCCGAGAUGGCUCAUGCUUUUAAGCCCACUGCUACAACUCUGCAUCCGCUCUCUGAACAACCCCGGGCACUACUUUGGUACAAAGGUCAAGAAAGCCCCUACGCAGCCUGCUACUCCAAGUAUACCUUCAACGAGGAAAGUCAAGACUCAAAACGCCCCGUUUCCACCACAAAUUCAAAUUCAAAAUCUGAAAUCCCCACUCUGUCCGUGAUCUCCUCACCAAAGACACCUUCAUCGGGAUCUUCGCGCCAGUAUCUAACGAAUUUUGAUAAUAGAUAUUACGAAGGUGGCGUUGUGUUGCUCAAGAAGGGUUCACGGGACUCGAUCCAUGUCUUGGAGACUGCAGAGUGCAGAAGGCCAGUGCACUACAAGUUGACAUUUACAGUGAUGUGGGAGCUCGUGACGACACAUAACAAUAAGGCCAAUGAAAACUCCGUUCUCGGUGAGCCAGAAAAAACGGUUUCUGAGCAAGGAUGGAAGUCGUCAGGCGAAAUCACCUUAAGUGGAGACAGACAGAGCAGGAUUGGUUGUUCAUCGUCACAUAUUAUGAAUACGGGAAAGAUGGUCGAAAAAUAG